AUGGUGGUUCUGACGAGAAAAAUCGCUGUGAUGGGGUAUCCGUGUGUUGGAAAAUCGUCGAUCACUUUGCGUUUUGUGAAGGGAACUUUCCCCGAUGCGUAUGAUACGACCGUUGAAGACAUGUAUAAUAAGAACUACAAAUAUCAAAAUCGGGACUAUAUUCUUCGUAUCACGGACACUGCCGGACAACAGGAGUACUCAUUGUUUCCUCGCUCAUGUUCUUUUGAUAUUGAUGGAUUCAUUCUUGUCUAUGCAAUUGAUGAUCGACGAUCCUUUGAAGUGAUGCAAACGAUUUACGAUAAAAUUCGAGACAAUGUCGGUGAUAUGAGAAUCCCUUUGGUGUUGGUGGGAAACAAGAGCGACUUGCAGUACAACAGUCGGAGCGUAACAAAAGAAGAAGGACAGUCACUCGCCGCUCAAUGGCAAGCACACUUUCUCGAGACUUCCGCCAAGGAUAACAACGCAAUUCAGCAGAUUUUCGAGAAAGUCUUGUUCGAGAUUGAGGUUUCGAAGGGGAAUAUCGUAAGGCCCCGUGCAAACGAUGGAGGCAAAUGUGUGAUCGCU